AAAAAGCGAAAAUAAAACCGCGCGGCUGCAACGUUGGUUAUUUGGGGGAAACUAGGGGAUUUCUCCUUGUACGGCUAUAAAAAUAGCAUCUGCAGCUUCAUCCGUUCCAUCAGACCAUUAACGGACCUGAACUUAAAGCAUCUGGCAUUUCGACAAGCAGGAACAGGAAAACCAUGGAUUCUGCAAUUUCAAAAUCUACUCAAAGCCUUACUACUGCUGAGGACAUGAGGAAUGAAACCAAACUUAUGAUGCAGCCCUAUGCCAACUGGGAAGAGUAUCUGACUCCAGCACCUCUAUCCAUAGCAAUCCUGGGAGAGCUGGUAUUCAUCUCGUCCUCAACAGAUUUCUCUAUCAAUAAAAAUUCACCUAAAGAUGGCUAUCAAUUCAUCAAAUACCCUGAUUCUUUCCGCGCUUGCCUCAUGCAAGUGUGUAACUCUGGCUGGUGGGCAUUUAAUGAAGCCCAUACGAGCAUGGAUCAGAUUCGCCUCCAUACUGCCCAAGUUCCAGAUUACAUGAAGACUGCUGUGAAGAUUCUGUUCCAAGGCGAUGAUGAAGUCAUCAAAGCUCAUCUUCCUGAUCAGCUGGACAAUAUCAGAGUCAUUGCAGAUGAAUGUCUUGAGUUGUCUGAUGCAACUGAAAAGCGCUUCACUGAUGUCAUCAAUAUCAUUCAAGAGCUGCUGGAGGCUUGUGUGAAUGCAGAGCACUUCUAUGGGGAAGAGAUGGAAGCCGUUAAGAAGAAGCUGGAAGAGAGUAAACUGAGGGAGCAGUCAGCUCAAGAGACCAAGAAAAGGACUGAGAAGGCAGUGAGUGCCAUGGAGAAGGAACUGGAUCAGGCUCACGAGGGCUACAAGAAAGCUAUGGAUUCUCUCCCUAGUGGAUGGAACAUGAUUGCCAUGGAUGUGGUUGGUGGGAUAACACAGAGCGUUACAGGCCUGAUUAAUGGACUGACAUCUGUUAUUACUCACCCAGUGAGAAACAUGUGUUCUGCAACAACAAAGAUAGCUGAUACUUGGAGCCACAUUAGAGAUCAGGAAAGUGUAACAGACAUGAUUGCUGAAAUAAAUGCAUAUAGUAAAUCUGCUGAAAUUUUAAAAUGUGUCCAGAAUAUCCAGCAGCUGAUGAAUGUGGAAAGUGAGGAUGAUGACAUUGACUGGAAAAAACUAUACGAUCAGAAGAAAAAAUGUACAGAAAGUGAUUUCAUAAACAGACAGUUCAAAAGAAUCACUGAUGGUUUAAAGAAAAUACCUGACUGCCCAGCAAAGAAACAAGCUCAGAAGUUGUGCAAAAAGGGCAUGGAAAUAUGCAGCCAGCUGGAAAAAUAUGCACCUGAUGGCAAAUGUGACAAAGACAAAAGCACUAAAAUAAUACAAGAGGUCUUGGAUCUGAUUGAGUCAGCUCAAAUUUUUGAUUGCAAAAGCAAAGACAUCACAAAUUCUCCAGCCAUUGCUCCAACACCUCCAAUGAUGUAUAAAGAAGGAAACAAGUCAGAGAACAGGAGUCCUUCUCAGAAGGCCACGGAGAAUGCACGAUUCUCCAUAGAGCAGAACCGAGCUCAGUUGAACAAGACAAGAGAGACUUAUGAGAAGUGUGUGGAGAACCUAGAGAAGAACCACAAGGAACUAACUGAAAUCCUGGUCACUAUGAGAAAUUGUGAACUGAAAGAGAUCGACUUCAAUACUACCAUACAGAUGCUGGUCAAAGGAAUGGAUGCCAUGGGGAGAGUGAAGGAGCAGUGGGAGAAGAUGGUCCACUUCUUUCAGAUGGUUUCCAACAUUGUGAAAACCAGCCUGAGCAAAACUCUCACAAACUUUGUCUCAACAUCUGAGAAAACACAAGCCCUCUCCUACAAUGCAAAGCUCUUCUCAAAAGAUCUGCUCUAUACUCAAGCCUUCCAAGCCUGUAACAUCGCUAGUCUAGUCCAUAUGAUCUCUGGAACAUACACAGAUGUUUCCAGCAAGUACCUGAUGGACCGUGUCAGUUCACUGGGCAAACUAAUGGCCAUGGAUAAAAGUAAGCCAGAAUUUGAGCGUGAGCGACAACUGCUCCAGAACUCCUGUGAUGAGGCACAGAAGGGCAUUUUAAGGCUUGUCCUGAAGAAUAAAGAGGAGUUUGACAGGAAGAGCACAGCAAGACUGGAAAGGAUCGAUCGAGAGUUGCUUGCCAUUCUACCUGCUGCUCCUCCUGAAAAAAUCAAGAGAAUUGAAGAGGCUGUUCAAGCUGGAUUCAGUGAGGAAGACGUAGCAUCAUACACCUGAGAGAAUCUACCAAUU